CGGGGCCCAGCCUUCCUGUGUGGUUUCAGCUGCCCUGAGCGUAUCAUGGACUUGGGGAAGCCCAUGAAGAGCGUGCUGGCCGUGGCGCUCCUUGUCAUUUUCCAGGUGUGCCUGUGCCAAGAUGAGGUCACGGACGAUUACAUCGGAGAGAACACGACGGUGGACUACACCCUGUUCGAGUCCGUGUGCGACAAGAAGGAAGUGCGGGACUUUAAGGCCUGGUUCCUCCCAGCCAUGUACUCCGUCAUCUGCUUCGUGGGUCUGCUGGGCAACGCGCUGGUCGUGCUGACCUACAUCUAUUUCAAGAGGCUCAAGACCAUGACCGACACCUACCUGCUCAACCUGGCCGUGGCGGACAUCCUCUUCCUCCUGACCCUCCCCUUCUGGGCGUACAGCGCCGCCAAGUCCUGGGUCUUCGGCGUCCACGUCUGCAAGCUCAUCUUUGGCAUCUACAAGAUCAGCUUCUUCAGCGGCAUGCUCCUGCUCCUCUGCAUCAGCAUCGACCGCUACGUGGCCAUCGUGCAGGCCGUGUCGGCCCACCGGCACCGGGCCCGCGUCCUCCUCAUCAGCAAGCUCUCCUGUGUGGGCAUCUGGCUCCUGGCCACGGUGCUCUCCAUCCCAGAGAUGCUGUACAGCAACGUCCUGAGGAGCAGCAGCGAGCAAGCCGCUCGGUGCUCUCUCGUCACCGAGCAGGUGGAGGCCUUGAUCGCCAUCCAGGUGGCCCAGAUGGUGGUGGGCUUUCUGAUCCCCCUGGUGGCCAUGAGCUUCUGCUACCUGGUCAUCAUCCGCACGCUGCUCCAGGCGCGCAACUUCGAACGCAACAAGGCCAUCAAGGUGAUCAUCGCCGUGGUGGUGGUCUUCAUCGCGUUCCAGCUGCCCUACAACGGCGUGGUCCUGGCCAAGACCGUGGUCAACGCCAAUGCCACCACCACCUGUGAGCUCAGCAAGCAGCUCAACAUCGCCUACGAUGUCACCUACAGCCUGGCCAGCGUGCGCUGCUGCGUCAACCCGUUCCUGUACGCCUUCAUCGGCGUCAAGUUCCGCCACGACCUCUUCAAGCUCUUCAAGGACCUGGGCUGCCUCAGCCAGGAGCGGCUGCGGCAGUGGUCUUCCUGCCGGCACACCCGCCGCUCCUCCAUGAGUGUGGAGGCCGAGACCACCACCACCUUCUCCCCGUAGAGGCCUGUCUGCCUGGACUGGAGGGACCUCUCCCAGGGCCCCCCCGGGUCGGGGACGGGGAGCAGGUGACAUGACUCAGGACCCACACGCUGCUGAGGGAAAGGGAGUUCUGGCUCUUCAAGUUUAUCUCGUGGCGAAAACCCAUGCCACCAAAGACAGGCGAUCACCAGAAGACAGAGGCCCAACCCUAGCUACCUCAACCAAGUUGGCAGGGACGUGGCUGGUGAGCUGCCAGCCCCGGCCGCACUCCAGCACCAAAGCGGUGAUCCCCCAAACCAAAAACCAAAAGUGAAAGUGGAGGAAGUUCACACCUCCUGGAGCCCAGGGAUGGGCGCUGGGGAGAGCUAGGGCGGUGCAGGGGCC